AUGGGAGGCUUGUCCACCAUCAACAGACAGCUUGCCAUUCUGUUGGCCAAACACUCUGAACUGGACGUCACUCUCCUUGUCCCACAGUCUGCCUGUUCUGAAGAAGAGAAGAGGAUGGCAUCAAGUCACAAUGUUUCCAUCCAGGAAGCCGAGAAACUUGCAGGCUUCAGUGAUCCUCUUGAAUGGUUGAGUUUCCCACCAAGAGACCUUGUCAUUGACUUUGUGCUGGGUCAUGGUGGAAAGCUUGGUAAGCAAGCCCAAGUUAUCAGAAAGUCUCACAGUUGCAAGUGGAUUCAGGUGGUGCACACUGCACCCGAAGAACUAGGAAUGUACAAAAACUAUCCCAUGGCCAUUUCCAAAGGUGAUGAUAAGAGUACAACUGAAGUGGAGUUGUGUCAGUUAGCAGAUGCUGUGGUAGCAGUUGGACCAAAGUUGACGAAGGCUUACUCUUCUUACCUGCGCUCAUGCGAGAAGCACCAAGAUAUAAUUCAACUGACGCCAAGCACGUUCAAAGAGUUUUCAGACGUAAAACAAGCUGCAGUUGACGUGGACAUCUUUAAGGUUCUAACGUUUGGCCGGGGUGACCCAGAGGACUUCAGCUUGAAGGGCUACGAUAUCUCUGCUAGAGCAAUAGUUGAACUGAAAGACAGGUCGUACCAUCUGAUUUUCGUGGGUGCACCUGACGGUAAACAGGAUGAGGUUGCAAAGAAUCUACUAAAGAGUGGAAUUGAUAAAAAGCAGCUGAUCGUGAGGAAGUUCGUGCAAAAAAAAGAGGGAUUGAAAAAAUUAUUUUGUGAAGUUGACAUCUGCAUUAUGCCCUCCAGAACUGAGGGGUUUGGUUUGACAGCCUUAGAAGCGUUGUCUGCUGGUCUUCCCAUUCUUGUCAGUGGAAACUCAGGAUUUGGUGAAGCACUGUACACUGUACCAUCAGGCAAAUCAUUCGUGGUGGAGUCUGAGGACCCUGAGGAGUGGGCAAAGGCAAUUGCUGCUGUCCGACAGAAGGAAAGAUCAGAUCGACUUCAAGACAUUCAACUACUAAGGAGUUCAUAUGAAGAGAAGUUUAGCUGGGAGGAGCAGUGUGACAGUCUUGUGGAGAAGAUGUGGGACAUAGUUCAUGGUUAGAAUGUUUUGAAUUUCCUUCAAAAAGUAUUUUAGGGGGCUACUCGGCUUUCGGUCUCUUAUUAACUGUGACGGAAAGCAUGAACCCUUCAUAUAAAAAGAGAUGUUGAACAUGAGUAGUAAUCAAUCGUUUUAUCCUCAUACUGUUUACUGUGUUAUUAAAAUAAAAGCUUCUUUCCAUCUUUUUAGCUUCUAAAAGACGAGACACAAGUUUCAGAGCUCAGCAGGUCGACGUUAUUGACACGUCAACCAAUCAACGAACAGUUGAAUCAUUACUGACUCCAAGUGAGUAAAAGUAAAAACUUAGCACGAUGCUGUUUACUUCUGAGACAUGUUUUUACUUAUACCCCUGCAUUCUUGAGUCACAAACGUAAGACGUGUAAAAACAAAUUUGAUUUUCUUUUACCUCCUGAUCCGGACGGACGGCUUAGUUUUAUUUAUUUCUUUGACUCAUUUGAAGUCUUCAUCCAGUUGGAAACUACCAGAAAUUGUCUGAAACCAGGCCAGAAACAAGGCGACAUGGGAAGCUCUUACUGUUCUUAUCAAAAUCAGUUUAUGUUGUAUUCUCGAUACAUUGUCUUUCGAAAUAGUGUUGAAGUAAUCACAUAUUCAUACGGUAGAGGGAAUACAUCAGUGUAUUUUUCAAGCCCGUUCUUUUUUUCCAGGAUUUAUUUUUCUAGUUACACAGAUAUGUCAGAGUGUAGACCUCGUCGUUAAUUUUUCUUCUCUGCUUCUUCUCUCUUGAUUAUUUGUGUAUUCAUUCACGGGCAGAAAUCGAACUUAAACAGUAACGCAAUUGACAGCUACAGCUUCCUUCUUAAGGCUAAGUUGUUGGACAAAACAGCGGAAGUCUGGUGGUCUUCUCCUUUUUACCCUAAAAGUUUCUGUCACUAGAUUGAGAAUUGUUAAUUUCCAGCAGACGAUUCUUUCGCUUUUUAACUGCAGUUAGAUUAAUAAAAACCUUGUGUUUUCUAGGUUCUCUUGACCGAAUCAUCCAGGAACUUCAGCAGAUGCAACUGGAUGCAAGCAAAUUCAAGAGCAGAACAAAUCUAUCAUUGGGGCUUCAAAAUAUUGCAUCAGACAGGGGCUUCAGAAUAUCUGAUAAUCAAGGAUCAGGAAAUUGCAUGUUCUAUGCCUUGUCCGAACAACUGGUAAUUGUUAAGGGAAUCAAAAUCUCACAUGGCAAAUUAAGACAAACCUUGGUUCAGUACCUCAGGAGUAACCCAAAACUUGUAAGUUGAUGUUAGUAUGUUUAACAGAGUAUGUCACGUGAUGUUAUUGUUUAAGUAUGAUAAAGGUUAAGUGAUAAUACGGGCCACUUGGCCAACACCACCAGAACCUAUUCCAGUGUUCACAGCGUGAAGUGACUAGGAGUAUUGUUACUCCUUCUGUAUGGAAUAAUGGUCUUUUUUUCAGGAGCUAUGAAACCAGCUUGUGACCCUGGUGGAAAGGGGAACUUGAGAUAUUUAACUUUAUUAUUAAGAAGCCACACAGUGACGUUGGUGACAAUUAAAUUCAUAUGUUACUUAAUGUGGUGUCCGGAGAAGCAGGCCACCACGGUUUUAGUUAUUUGAAUAUUUCAGUUUCAGAAGAAUUUCUUUUAAACCUCCAUCAGAGGACAGAAUUAUAGUCAUUCUCUUAAUGAUGGAUCUUUCUUGUUGUUUUCCUGCUGUUUGCAAAGCAGAAAACUUGUUACCAUACAGUACAUUACCAAUUUAAGUUCGUCUCGUACCAUUCUGAUAAAAUUACUCCCUGAUUCGUACUCCACGCGCUCAAGUUCCCAUCAACAAUCCUUUUAAAUUUCCUUCUUUAACUGAUCUUUCUUACAGCCGGAUGGAACAGAUCUGUUUGACUUUGUCCAUGGACAUCAAACAUGGACUGAAUACCUAGUACACAUGGAACAAGAUGGCGCUUGGGGUGAUCACGUGAUUCUGUGUGCUGCAGCAAACUGCUUUGAAACGUGCAUUCGUGUGGUCAGCAGUCUAUCCCAUAGCCAUGAUGUAAUCAUUACGCCACAUUUUUCAGUUGACGAAAGCAAACCUCUUGUGCUGGGACAUAUUCAUGAGGUGCACUAUGUCAGCCUUCAACCCGUGCAAGGUACAGCUCAUUACUUUACUCCAAUUAACUGAAAUUUCAGUUUUACAGUGAUAUUUGUGGGAGGGGCAGGUGGGCAGUCGCCCAUAUACUGAUAUUGAUCCAUAUUUGUCAGUUAGGAUCCUUAAUAUUCUUUUUAAUGUCGAGUUGACAACAGUCACCCUGUUUUUUGUUCGAUCUAGUGCUUUUCUCCUUUAACACACAUCAUGAAGUUUAUUGUUUUCAUAUUUCAUUCUUCAUCGCUGGCUCCCAUCUCAAUAAUCAAACGCAAUUUAUGCACUCUAUUGUUCUCCCUUGUCGUUUAACCACAGUGUUCUGAUUAUUGUGUUUGCAGGUUAGAGUGGCAGGCCCCCUACAGUCACUUUGAUCGGCCCUUGUAAAGAGCCCGGCCUCACAGAGUGACUUCAUAGGCACAGAGACUAUUGAUACAAAUUGGAGAACUAGAGCUUUCUUCCGUCGAUUUUUCCAAUGUGAACUUUAAAAUCUUAGAUUUAAUUAGAGUUUCCAACAAUUUUUUCAACAGAAUAAGAACAAUAAUAAGGCCCUGUAAUUAAAAUUUUAUUUCUUGUAACAAAUGGCUGAUAUAUUGAAGAAAAGUAAAAUGGUUUCCGUGUUUACAUAUCCUGAUGUAAACACGCGGGAGGUUGGGAGAACACGAGAUAAGCGUAGGAAACCACGACGCGAAUCUUCAGAGUCUCGGUUUGCCCUAUAUCUGAGCUUAUUUGAGUUGUUCUCUCAAAAGAGUUGGUCUCGGCGAUUUCAAAAAACCUCGCAACACCCUCCAGUCAUCAAAACUAACUACUGCUCUCGCACUCCGUUCAACACGCAUAGAAAACGUACAUGUCAAGAAGAUUGACUUAAAUUCCUGCACUCUAUCUGAAACGAUCAAAUGAAAUUACGAACGUCUUCACAAUGUGAAACACACUUACCUGCGUUAGACAUGAUUAACAGCUGAUCAGAGAGAGGUAAAAGCGAUAGAUUUAUGAAGACAAGGAACCUACGGAAAUAUUACCUCUUCAUCAACAUAACACACCUUGCUUCCUUGGGUUCACGACACGCUUAGUUUGUUCUGAAAAUGUUUGACAUGCAAGCAUACCGAGCUCCCGGGCCAAAUUUUUCACGAGUACGUCUCUUUCCCAAGGUUUUGACAAUAGUUUAAGCGCUCUGAUGUUUCUCACCGAAAUUUUUGAGAAAACGAAAGGUACCGACCUCGCGCUCGAAUGUUUAUCCAACAUCCUGAGCCCUUACGCUAUCUUCAGACUCGAUUAAGAUUGAUCUUGCUUCGCUUUUGGUAUUUAUUAGAAUUACAUACCACUGUAUACACGAUGAUUGAUAUACUGAAGCAGGUUGUUCGGGGCAUCUCUGCUAUUGAGGGUACUGCAAACAACGACUGUCAUCAAAAUAUCUUCUAAACUGCUGCACGUAGUCUAACCUGGAACACAGAGGUAAGGAUUCAACCGAUCGAAUUUCUUAGGAAAAUUCACCCACAGCGAAAGUUCCCUUCUUUUUUCGGCUGAGGCGUAAAACUAAAUGAUUUGUAGAUAGCUGUAGAGCACUUUUACAAACGAGGAAUUCAACAAGUCGAGAAGCGAAAGACGAAUGAUCUUUGGAUAUGUAAUCGUGACAUUCGCUUAAUUAAAAUAAUCACGUUCUCGACAACAGAAAUCAAAUUUCCUUACUGUCACGCGAUCACGUGCUGAAGUCUUUGCCUUACUUUACAGUUACAUUCCUCUGAUUCCUAUAUCUGUUCAGAAGGUAAAUUUGAUUCCUUGCGUUUAACUUGGUGAGAUCGUUGUCAUUUUCAUGAUUGUCCGAAGAUAAGUUAAACGAACAAAUUUUCCUCAAAAAGGAAACCUGUUUGAGACUCUCAGUCAGUGGAUUAGAGUCAAGCGAAGGACCGGGCGAGUUCAAGUCGGUGGUCACGAUUUUCUGAUUCCAAAGCAGCUCUUUCGCUCAUUUCCAUUAACCGAGAGCGUAACAAAAAUUAAGGCCAACAUCAGCCCCGCUACCCAAACAAGUAAAGCGAGAGGAGGGCUUAUACCCGGAGGGUGGGGUUGGGGGGGUGGGCUUCUAAUUGUUUGUUUUCGUUGUUGCUGUUUUGUUCAAAGGUAGAUGGGCCUUUAACAGUUCAAUUAAAAGUUCAAUAACAAGACACCAAACGAUAAAAUUUGACUUUUUCAUGAUCAUAUACCCUGUAAUCUCAUGGGUUACACUACCCAGCACACUGGCUUCUAUUUCAGUUUUAAAAUAAAAUCUCACUUUUUAAAAUCUGGAAGUGUACAAAGGAAAUGACAUUACCAUAUGUGGGGUGACUAAAAAUGGAAUCAUAGAAUGGUCACCAUUUUAAAAUAAGCUUUUUACUCAGUAUGAGUAAGUCUAACAAAGUUUACAUUAGCCAUAAUUUGCUUUUAAUUCAUCAACUCUACCAUGAUGUUAGCUUUUCCAAGAACCUGAAAAAACAACAAAGUAAAAAACCAUAAUAAUCACAGCAUUCAAAAUGGGCACAGGGACUUCCAUUACAAUCUUUUUAAGUUUCCACAAGCCUAAAUGUCUCCUCACAACACUUUUUAUCCCAGACAAUAAGUGAGUGGGUUCCCUGUGACGUCUUCUGUUUCUAGACUUUGCUGUAACAGUCUCUACACUUUGGCUUUCUUUGCCUGCAACAAAAGUACAUCAUCAAACAAGAGGGUAAACUUCAGAGAUAUAAAAAUUAAGUACAUGAUAAAUCUUUUAAAGAUGAGAAUCCCUGUUUUACUAACACCCUGUCCCAGAGUAAACAAAAAGGCCAGGCACACCAGGUUUUCUAUAAUUUGAAAAUUAACUUUCUCUAAUCCUCAAACCCCAAAUAGUGAUAAGGAGCUAAUUUCGCCUUGAAAUAUCAUCCUUAAAUUAAACAUUACGGUCAUGAGAAUAGAGGAAAUGAUCACUAACAAAAAAGCUCUUGAUUGUUGAGCAAACUCUCCUUGUCAGAACACAGAGAAAAGUAUGGAGAAUAUGUAUAUAUAUUGAUGUUAGAGUGUAUAGGGUUAAAAACAGACAAUAGGGAAUGCAUGUGUAUAGAUUAAGGAUUCUAGAAUAUCAUUGUGCUUCUAUGAUUUCCUUGGCUGACAGAGUGUUCUUGCAGGAAUUGGCAUAUGUGAGCACAGGGGAGCAGAUGGGAAAUGUAUGUAACAGCAUGACAGUUACAUGAGCAUCAUCUUCCAAAUAUGAUGAAUUUAAUUUUUUUUUCUAUCAAUCAAUUCUGUGAAUCUAAUUUAAUCACACAUGUAUUUGUGAGGGAAAUCUCAUGAGCUCAAGUAAAUCUCUUAAUUAAAAGGCAUCAGUGAUGUUUACAAAGCUUUGGUAAAUGAACUAACCAUUGGAGUGCUUUUUGGAAAACUUUCAAAACAUCUAAUGAGUAACCAUAAAUUAUGAAAUGUAAGAGCUGUUUAAUAUGUUUUUAUGUAUGAUAUGUUCCAAACAAAACCUCAUACAAAUACUGCUCUUUGUACAUUCCUGGUGCACAUUUCUCAAAACAUUUUCAACCAGAUGGAAAAUGCCUUAAGAUAAUUAUAUUGCUUGAUUUAACCAUUCAUUAGAAUGCAGAGGAGGAUGGACACAUCAAAUUUUAAUGUUUUCUUUUAACUACUAAAAAGUUUAUUGUUGUUUAGUUAUCUUUAACCCUUUAACUCCCAGAAGUGAUUGACAUGUAACUUCUCCCUAUAAAAUCCAUUCAUCAUCUAGCAAAGAGGUAAGGAGAAUACUUAAACUUAUCAGGUAGAGGUUGUUUUCUUGAUUUAACACCAAAUUCUUGUAACUUAUUUAAGAGGAAAUGUGUAGCAGCUAGAGGGGAGAAUUAACAAUCAGAUCUUGGAAGUGAAAGGGUUAAAAGAUUUAAUUUCAAGCCAGUGUGUAGUAUGGAAAUCCUGUAUUGCACUUGAUAAGUUAUUUUCAUUCACAAUAGACUAAUCAAGAAUGACACAUUCUGUUUCAGUAUAUAAUGAAUAUUAUUACAUUAUUUUAGGUAAGCAGUAUUUGAAUUUAUGAAGAAAAAGCACAGCAGUCCUAUGUCUGAGUGACUUACUGUAGUCUCUUAUUUAUCUUGAGUCCCUAAUUUUUGCUGAUGACUGUUAAUUAAAAUCAGGAGGAAAAUUAUUAAAAAAGGACACCAACAAUUUGAGAAUGAAAAGUUAAACCCCAUCCCUCUCUCACUGUAGGACAGUACCCACUGAUAAAAGGAUGAACCUGAUUAAUUCUGAUUAAAGCUAACUAAUUUGAGAGUAUAAGAGUUAGUUUGAGAGUACAUGUUUAAGUAUGUAAAUACUAAAAAUUAUUUUGCAAUUGUUUAAAAUCAUGAUGACAUACCUCCCAACUCAAAAGCCAUUUUUUAUUUGACCCUCAUUGUUCCCUUUGGCUUCAGUUCAAAUAAUAUUUGAGUCUUGGGAAAAGGAAAUUCACCGCAUCCCUUGAAGCCAUUCAUUAACUGCUUAUAAAUGACUGUGAAUAUAUGAAAGUCAUAUAUUUGAACUGUGGAUAAAGAUGUGAAUAUGAAAGCAAUCCUCGCAGUAUUGAACACUACUUGAGCAGUGUUUAACAAAGUUUGAACAAAGUUCAAACUGAAACAAACUCUGGAAAAGUAUGGCAAAGAAUGCAUUGCAUGAAAAAGUCAAAGCUUUCUUUUGUUAUCAGCCCACUCCCUGAAAGGACACUUUUGUGCCCCCAUUUGACUACCUGAUCAUAUAAUUAAAGUUUGUUGUUUAAAAUCGAACACUAGUGAUAUUCAAGUUGAUUAAACAUAGAAAGAAACAAGAACCUGAUCAGUCUGACAGAAAACUUACUGCUUGUCUUAUACAGGCUUUAAGUGCUCAAACCUCCUCAUCACAGGCAUGCUUGCUAAUGUUGUCUUUCUGAGACUCACAGUUUCCUUAAAGAAGGGCCUGAAAAAAAAUAUAUAACCAUUAGGAAAAUAAUUAAGAUAUCUAAAACAACUUGAUGAAAAGUGUUUGGUUGAGCAUUAAAACAAUCUCAGGCAUAUUCUUAGAAAUACUUUAAACAAAUUGUGUAAGGUUUUUGUUGAGUGAGUCACCUAUCAGAUCUUGGAAGUAAAACGAUCAAGAUUUCAGGUAUUUGGUUCAGAGGAGACAAUUUGGGAAAGAUUUGAACACUAUAAUGAUCUUUUACUCAUCAUAUACAGUGUUAAUUAUAACUUGGUUGAGCCUAAAAACAAUCUAAAAUUUUUAAGCUUUUCUAUUACCUUGGUCUGUGAUUGGCUUAAAAUAUUAACAAUAUCUUAUCAACCAAUCAGAGAGAAAAAUAGCAACUUCCUUUCCUGUAUUUUGCAGUGGCCUAAGUUAGUUUCUUUCUUUGUUUCUCUCUGUUUUUUUUCCUUCUUCUUCUUAUUUUACAAUCUUAAUUACGACCCCACACAUUAUGCUUAAAAUAUAUCAGCUACCUUACUUUUAUAAUAAAUUACACAUGAUCAAUAAAUUCUAUUAUAAUCCAACAAGUGGGCACUCGGUCUAAACCCAUCACAUGACAGAAUAUCCUCCAGCUAAAACUGGGUGAUAUCCAAGGAUAUACCUCAAGGAGUACUCCCCAAUUUUCAAACCUUACAUCCAAUAUUGAGAACUCUGUGUCUAAGAUUUAAUUCAAGAUGAAAAGCAUUGUGUUGUUGUUAUAGAAAAAGGAACAUGUUUCUUUUGUUUAUAAAAUCAUUUCAGAGAACACUGAAAAGUGAACCUUCCACACCAUAAACAGUAAGCUGUUCACAAACAUUUUUCCCAUGUGCUGAAAAGUAAAAAAAGGAUGAUAAACAUAAUAGCCACCAUUUGGCACAGAACAAGGGAAGCUGUAAUAUAAUUUAUAAUAUAAACCUCUCUGGCAUAAGAAUUCUUUCUCCAACAAAAGGCAUGACUUGUCAAAGGCUACUGAUUGGGUUGUCACCCAUUAUAUACUGACCAAAAGAAAAUCAGAAUUAAAGGCAACCAAAAUUAAACACCACCUCUGGACAGAUUAAGAGGGCAAUAUCUUAUGAUCAGUACAUAUCAAGAAACAGGUAUGCAGGUGAAGGGGAGAAUUAGAGAGGGGAACUGUGAGAUGUCAGAGACUUGCUCAGAAAAUGUUGAUAAGCUGAAGAAAACAACAGCAACAUUGGUUUAAAAAGAUAAAAAAAAAAAAAAAGAUAAAAAAAAUGUAAAUUUUGUGGUUGAUAGGAAUUACAGUCUCAGAGGUGCUUGUAAUGGCCAAAAUGACCUGAAAUGGUACAAAAAAAAACAUGCUCUUUAACCUUUUAUCUCCCAUGAGUGACCAAGACAGAAUUUCUCCUUACAAUGUCAUUACAAUAUCAAGCAGACAAGUAAUGAGAAUAAAGAAAAAUAUUAAUUAGGGGAUUGUUAGUUGAUCCAAUACCAAAUUCUCCAAAUUAACAUCACAAGGCAUGUAUGGCAGACAGCAAGGAGAAUUACUAAUGAGAUCUUAAGAGUUAAAGGAUUAAUAUCCUUCCAAAAAAAACAAAAGAUGUGAAGAAUCAAAGCAAAGUGAAUAAUCGAAGCAGUUGCUUAAAAUAAAAUUACAAAUAAUAUGUUACUUGAGAAAUAAACAAACAAGAAAACAAAUAAAGGAGAACAAAAGACACAAACAAAUGUUUUACAAGAUCCUGGUUAAAGACAAUAGAGAACAAAAAUAAUCCAGCAAAGUUGAACUACAAAUCACAAUGAAUAAAAUUUACAGUAAAGAACUUAUAUGAAUGAUAUAAACAUAGGUAAAUUGAGCAAAAAAAAAAGGAACAGAAAAUCAAAGAAAGUAACAGACUUGAAAACAAAAGAACUUGAUGAAAAUGCCACGGAAAGAAAAUGCACACAAAUUGUCAAUGUGAAUUUUGGCAGCAACAGUACUUUUCAUUUAAAUCUUAUAACUUCCUCCUUUUCUUUAAGUAAGUCAUAUUAGGAGGCAAAAUUGUACCCUUUGCCAAAUUUGAAACUCAGAAGAAGACACUUAUUGAAAAUUUAAGUUACUCUCUGUAAUCCUAAAGUGCAGCGGCAAAGAAAUCUUCCCAGAGAUCACACCACCAUAGUGCUUUAACAGCUGACAUGUGGCUGAUCUUUAACGAUACUUUUAUCACACCUUUAUCACACUGUGAUCAUUUGAUAAGUUGUCAUCAAAAAGAAAUAUGUCUUUCAUUAAAAUUUUGUUUAUUUCCUUUCAGUGGUGAACCAAAGAAUCCUUUCUACGCCUAAUUAAUCUAAUCAUAAGUUGCAUUAUGCUGGAAGGUAAAUCGAAACAAAACAAAGCAAAACAAGACAAAAAUUAAUAACAAAAGAAACCUGAAGAUAAGUUUGUCCUGAAAAAUUCAUUUUAAGCAGCAACUACAAGUAAUCGUUAUUUGCCGCGAGAAAAAUAUAUCUAACUCCUUAGCACUAUGUAAGCUCUAUCAAAAAUAAACAAACCGAACCUCACGUACCUUCGAUAUCAAUUCUUUUUUAUUCUGGGUUUCAAAUAACUUUCCUGUUAAGUAAUUUGUCACGGUUAAUAAGAUUAAUACGAGCAAUGCUCAGAAAAAGAAAUGUGGGUAUAAACUGGAACAGUCCCUUGCUACAACCCCUAGCAGCUAAAUGUACUUGCAUUUCUUAACCAAGUCUUGUACAAUCUUGAACCUGACUGUUAAAACGUACUUACUUGUGUUAACUACACGUGCUACUUACGCGUAGUGAACAAAAUGUAUCGAAUAAAAUCUCACCUCUGUUUUGCAAUCCGCAAGAGGCUUCGAAAGCCCUAGAUUCUUCUGAAAUCUUUCCCCUCUGAGCUUAUUAUUUCAGAUAAAUUUUCACUUCAUCUUGUCUGCAAUAUACCGUAUAGCUUUCUGAAACAGAUUGGAAAAAUUCUGCGACACACAAAAUAUAGGAAACUUAAGAAAGAAAAAUCUUAUGAAUGGUUAAUUUUUUAAAGUUUUGUCAGUUGUCAAUUAGCUACGAAAUUUAUUCUUGUCACAGCAAGAUUUGUCCUGAAGCAAAACCGAAACAAAACUGAAAGAACGUUGUGGCAGAUGAAAAACUUUUUCGAAAGGCAUGGUUCAUCGAAUGAUUGCCCCGAUUACAGUAAACUUGGUGUGAAAUGCUUGUGUGGCACAAAACUUUUCAACCUGACUUUGUUUACCCGUCUGUUGAAUUUAUGAAGGACUCGUCACGACGUUGGAAUCUGAUGUCACUAAGCUCGUCUGGGCCAUCUAGCGCAAACUCCGCCCUUCCUCCUAUUUCUGGAAAUAACGCUUUCUUGCCGCGGCCAGAUCUUUGCAACGAUCUCAAUUAUUUUUGCAGCUAACCCUAUUAUCUUUGUACUUCGGCUUGUCGGAGCCAUUGUCUAAGAUAUUGCCCUUUAUAUUAUACACGUUUUUUUAUACCUUACGUUUUUCAUGUCAGUGUAAGCGAGUAUAUUCUCUCCAGAUCUGAUAGAAUAAAGCCGUUCAACGCCUGUCCACCUUCACUUGUUUGAAAAUUCUCUACAAGUCUCAGCUGGAAGCUCCAGGAUAAAUCGAGAGGCACUGGAAAUCAACAGACUGCUUGUUCAUGUAGUUUCUUCAAACACGAACUAUUUGGACUCUUUGUUUCUGCCAGUCUCUCCGAUGUAUGGGGCUUGGCAGUCAGAGUAAUUGAUCUUAUAAACUGCUCCCUGUCUAUUCUUCGGUUCGUCCUUGUCCUUGACGUUUGUUGGUAACUGGCGUACUGUAGUGUUGGGUUUGUGGACGACGUGGAUAUUGAAAGGGUUGUAGGAUGCGCGUAAUGUUAUCAGACAUGCUCUUCAUGUAUGGUAUAGUCGCUGUAAGUGUAGGAGUUGGGGUGUCGUUUCUUUCGGUAGUUCUGGUAAGUCGGUGAUUGUUUCGUCGGAUGAAGUCGUCGCUAAAGUUGUUUUUGAAAAGGCACGGUCAAGGUAUUUUUUUUCGUUCGAGACAACACAACAGACAGCUUUUUAAUCAAUAAGGGUGACGAGUGUUGCUUAAAAAGUGCGGUAAGCGUUAUUACAAAGUGAGAUAAGUGUUAAUACAAAGUGAGCCUGGUAUCAUUGAGCGACGAUCGUACAAAGUACGACGGAACAAACCAAAGGCUUUGCACAUUCCUUAGAGCAUUCAUAUUUUUUCUCUUCCAUAUUUGAUUGACUAAUCAUGUAGUUACACCAACUGGGGUAUUUUGUUAAAGCUUCCUCUUCAACAACUAUGUGCGUUUAAACUGUUUAAAAUAUCAUCCGAGGUCUAUUUUUGGAUUUAAGACAUACACGUUGUCUUUACAGAGUAACCACUCGGCCUACAAGUUUAUCUUCAAUUCGUAACAUCUGCAGCGGCUUUCAUCUUCCCGCGUUUAUCAACACAUAUAAAAAAAGAAAUACAUUUACCCAGAUUUUCAUAUCCACCACAGACAUUGUCUUGUGAAGUGUACUGUACUUAUUAAAGCGCGGUACAGUGUUAAAGUAAACGAUGCAGACGAUACUCCAAGACUUCCCCAACCAAAAUAAUAUUAUCAUUGACUAUAAUUUCACUAUAUUUGAUUCCUUUAUACCUUUAUAUGGCAUGUAGUUCCCACUUCCCGCAAUUAAGUUUUUGUUAUCAAAAGCUUUUAUACGGAAGUGCAUUUUUACAAUUUUUUAAAUUCAUCUGUCGGUUGGACGUAGAUUUUUUAUGACAAAAAUGGGCUCCGCGAUAUAGCUGAUUUGAUGUAAAACGGUCACUUAUCACAAUUUUCUCACUCAUUAUUCCCUUUUUGUCUCUGAAACUUUGUAGGCGUCUUUGUAUAAAAAGAAUUCUUUAACUCUUCACCAAUAAAAGAAAAUAACCCAGCAGGUUUUCUUCAACUUUCACUUUAAAGUUCGCAUCCGGUAAAAGUAAAGGAGAGUUUUUUAUGAAUAAAUUAUUCAUUCUAUGAUUCAGUUCAUCUGCAACAUGAUGUUAAUAUCAUGGGAUGCAUACUGAGAAGAGUCUGCCGAGGCCUGUGACGUCAUCCAACAUGGAGGUGUCUUUCCAUUUUUUCACAAUACUUUUUGGCUUGUCAAUCAAACAACAGCUUUUGAACUUGACAGGAAAACAGAAAAUAAGACUUAGAAUAUAAAUGAUAGGUAUACUGUACUUCCCUUUCCAAAAUGAAAUUUUAAUGUUUUGUUUGGUGGCUCAUAUCAAUCCUUAAACCACAUCUCACUUGUCAAUAAAUUUCUGCUCUAUCUUUAAGCCGAUUUUCACAAAGUUCACAAGAAAUACUGAUGUGAACAAUCGCCAGAUAAAAUCUUCCUGAUAAGUUUAAAUAACCAAAAAAUCCGAAGGAGGGGGUAUUGUUUCGACCGCCUCCCCUCCCCUCCCCCCUGUUUGUCCGAUGCGUAAAGUUAAAGGAAAGGAAACAAAGAAACCAAUAACAUCUUGAAUUAGUCGUUAAUUUGACAUCUCAGUACAAAGAAAAUUUUACUCAAGGUUUCACUUUUAUUUACUCGUACUAUGGUAGUGUAUUUUAGUUUGCUCAGUGAUCGACCUCCUGACAAAGCGACUCCACGCUGUGAAGGAAGAGCUUGCAGAACUGAAAAAGCCAUCGCCAUCACCUACUCCAGUGGCUCAAAGUACAUCACUGAUAUACUCUAACGAAUCCUCAAAGGACUUCGGCGAGUCCUCAUCUGAAGGUCGCAAAUGAAUCGAAGCCUCGGGAAUCGAAUUUUGUUAUAAGUUGAGCCCAUAUAAUUUUUCUCGUGGAUUUCGGUCAUACAUUCACUUUAGCUUUGUCCUCUUUUGUUUUAUUGUUACCUAGUUUUCGUCUUUUUGUUUUUGUCCUAGUUUUCGUUCUUUUUAGUUUAUUUUUUCUAGAUUUUUUUUUAGUUUUGGUCCCUGAUUUUUGUUUGUUCCUCGUUUGUUUGUUUGUUUUUUAAUUUCCUAUUUCUAUCAUUUACUGGUAGUUAUUUCAAAGUCUUUAAACUCUACCUUCACGUUAACUCCGAGAAAAUUUGUUCCUCUUCAGAUUAUUAUCUAUGAAACAUGAACUGCAAUUGCUUUCGUCUUCCGUGAAUUAAUUUAGCGUUGUUGGUUCUUUGUCUUUCUUUGUCAAUCAACACUCAUCUCCUUCCCCUACACUAAAAUCAUUUAUGAGUUACACACCAACACAGAGGCACCUGCUUUCCUUACCAACAAAAUGAUGCUCAAUUAAUGCUGGACAACUUUCACUUUCUUUGCAGCUCCUUUUCCUCCACUUAGGCAUAAUUGUUAUGGGUCAAGACCGCUGACAAACAUGUAUAUUUUUGUGAUAGUGCUGAAGAAUUUUUCCUUUCGUCACGAACUUGCGCAAGCCUGGUUGUGAAACCAUAACAUCAUCUUGAAUAAAUUGAACAGCGGCGCGGUUCGCUGAUCUGUCCCAGUGAAAACAAGUAGACAAUGCAAGCUUAAAAGUUUCCCCACAGACCGUUUUUAAUUGGCGGUCAAAAUACUCUGUGAACACCUUAUUUUAUCACUUCCCUUUUCUCACAGCAAUACCAGUUUGAGCUGAUUGCGCUUCCAUUGUGUGGAAAUUUGUGCUGGUCGGUGCUAAGAGAUAAUCGUCUGCUUAAAAGAGAUCCAACUGAUGAGUGUUUACCACAACAUAUCGGAGAUUUUUAAUUGUCGUCAUUUUGGCAAGCAUCCACGGUUGCUAUGGAUUCACCAGCGAGCUGGAGGCAUGCCCAAACGUUAUUAAGCUUUGUCUCUUUUCUUCAUUUCUCAAAUCAGAGUGUGCGGACUACAAAGUUCUGGACAGUGCUGACAGAAACAUUAAUUACGGAGCAGGGUGGGAAUGUGACGACUAUAUCGUCCGAGGAUGGUACCGUUUCACCGGAGCAGAGAUGGCUUCCAGAUCGGUUUAACUCAAAGUUCGGCCUGGUUAAAUGGCGAAGAUCCAUCUGUUGCCGACGGAAUGGUGAUUAGUAGCUCUACUAAUACUUAAUUUAUUGAUUCUUAGGCUUUCCUUUUUUUAUAGCGAGUUCACAAAAACAAAAGAUGUUUCUAUUUUUCCGUAAGAAAAGAAAGUCACUGUUUCUGCAGAAUAAUAAAAAAAAUUAAAAAAGCCUUUUUCUUUGCUUAAACACAACAAAAGAGCGGUAGGGAUAUGUGUGCGCUACAUAGAAAAAAAUCGAACUUUCGGUUAAAUCGAUAACUUUCCUUUCACAGAUAUAUUUGGACGAACUCGCUGACGAAGCGAUAAAGUUUCUCUUCGUGGAAUGGGAAAGCUGUGACAAUGAUAUAGUUAUGGGUAAAGCAGUACGUGGGGACAAGGCGUCAAACACAGUUUUUUUCGAAAAAAUGGAAUGAGCUGCUUCCAAAAUUGAGACAUCCAGUGUGGGGUAGAUUCAAAUAUCAUAUCAAAUGAAGAGAUUUGUGGAAACAACUCCUCGAACGAUAAGAUAUGAUGACGUCCCAUGCCUAGCGAUGGUACUUCACUUGCAAUAAAGCAGGAAAUUAAUAUCAGGAGAUUAUUGAGGAGCUUACAUGCACUCUUCUGGCGUCCUGAUGAGUUCCUUACUCGUUUUUGACAAAAAAUAUGCGAAGAGGAUCACCCGCAAACAACUCACGGGAUUCUCAUUAUAUCUAAACAGCUCUAGUCAGUCCUAUAAGGGGAACGAGUUGAAUUGCUGUUGAAUUGCUGUUGGAUUGAAAUGUCCUCAGAAUCUCGACAUCGUUCUGUAUUGAGCAAAACGAAAUCUUCGGUCGAGUUCUUUUAGGUUUGCAAGUAGUUUCUUUAUUGGUUAUCACAUUCUUCACCAAUUCAAACAUUUGUCAAUUUUGGAGAAUAUUACUACGUUAUGUUUCCUAAUAUUUGUAUUGUCUCUCCCUUGAAAGCUUAUUUCGAUUACAUUACAAAGCCACUUGUUAAAAUAAAUAAUAUUUUCAGUAUAGGACCUUGUUAUUGUCCUUGUUCUGUCAGAAAAAUUGUCGCUACCUAAGUUUAAAUAUCGUUACUUGAGUAAUAGAUAAACAGGGUAAGAAUCAGGAGACCCAAAUUACUCGAUUUAUGCAGCACUUGGGGAUGUAAGCGUCUUGUGGGCUGUUUUGACUUUUUGUGAAAUGGGUAGCCUACGGAUUAGACAAGAAUUCAGCGUUAAACAAAGUAUAUCACCAGAAGGACAGCGUUUACAGCGAAAGCAAGUCGACAAAGCCGUACUUUGCGUGACAAAUACUGAGUAACCACAUGGCUUCAAUUGCAUAAUCUGUCCUAAUUUAUGCGUCGUGCACUUUCGGCACGGUAACUCCAUGUAAAUUAGCCCUUAGUCACGUGACGUUUGGGAAACUUGAAAUAUUUUGAGAAGGAAAGUAACCGAAUUGCGUGAAUUAAGGAGUGUCUAUUUCGAGCUCAGUGGUUAGAUUGUCUGCAAUCUGUGUUUGAUUUUUGCUAAUUCGCCGGAUUCGUUUAUUACUUUACCGAGAGGUAAGAAUUAUGUUCAAUAUAGAUACGAAUUUAGCUAACUUGUAAAGUGCAGCCUCGCUAAAACCCGAAACAGCGAGACGAAACGACCGAAAUGAAACAAGCGAAACCACCGAAAAGACGAAGACGAAAUCACCGGACCAAAACACACCACUACAACAUGGCAAUCGAGAGAACGAUCCUCCCGUGAGUUAGAUCAGGAGUAGACCAUAAUUGAAACGUGACGAAUGGCAUUCAUUUUAUUAUCAUUGACUGUUUUUUUUUCAUGCUAAUUUUUGGUCCGGUGAUCUCGUUUCGUUUUCGUCGUUUCGGUGGUUUCACUUGUUUCGGUGGUUUCGUUUUGAUGUUUCGGGUUUUAUUACAAGUUUAUGCCAGUUUCGCUCCGUAUCAUUUUCGACUCCGUCCAAAAAACCUUCUUGCAAGCACAUUCUUCAAUGAACUCGAUUUGAAACUGCAUUUUUAAAUAAAUGAUAAGGUUUCUUGAGAUCUUAAACCGCAUGAUUGAAAGAUUACAUGUUUUAAUGACUUCAAGGUCUUCUUGAACAAAACUAGUGACGUGUGGGUACCUAUUAUUGCUGUCAAAGCAAACUUUGUUGUGACAUAGGAAAUCUACAUCUUAGCCACCAAAUACAUGAUAAGCUGAUAGCUUCGUGUUAUUCCUAGAAGCUUCUUUCAAUAACUUAGUAUACUUUAUUUAAAUACUUUAUUUUAAAAGUAUUUAUGUCUAUAACCUUUAGAUCUCUGGUUCAGUUCCGGUCUAGCCAUCCUUUCAAUGAUUAAAUUUCAAAGUUCACUGAUUUAUCAGUUUAUAACCUUUGGAUUUUAUCGAUGGUUCGCUUUAUAUAUUUCACAGAUAUAUAUGUUUGUAUUAAUGUUUGAAUUUAUUUAUUAUGUAUCAGUCAUAUGGCAGGUCAAACUUGAUUUUGAUGGGGGGCUAAGUUACUGGGUCAAAAAUGAAAUGGGGCAAAACUGGCAGAUACCAAUUCAUGUGUGAUCAAUUUUUGAGAUUAUUCAUGAUGUGUGAAAAGGCCAAAUAUUUUUAUGUGACUGAGUUUUAGAGAGGGGUAUAAGGGAACCUCUGCCAAUGAAAAGACAGAUCUGAGCUCAGUUCUUUGUGAUUCAUUCACAAUCUUUCUCAGUGAGAUGUAUAAGUAACCACAUCAUACUUGUAAUGUGCAUUUCAAGCCAAAAAAUUUUAAUUCCAGUAUUUGGCCAGUUGUCUCGUGUUUGCGAAAAGAACUAAAACUUUCCCUUCCAUAUUCAAUAAUUUUGGUUAUUAUACUUAAGACUUACUAUGAAAAAGCUGGUUGGUCAAGAGCAUUCAAUCAAUAUACAGUACCGCUCGAAGAUAAGCGAACCACCUAACGCAUUGUCAACGCGUGGGCUCGAAGAAGUCAACGCGUUAGUGCUCUUUCGCUAACGCGUUAGCUAACGUGUUAAAUAACGCGUUGAUCAUCGACCCGUAUCGCCUUUGAUAUUCACUUUGCCACCUCCAACCUUCUUUCUUUUGUAUCCAUUGUUGACCAACUCAAAGGACGGCCUUCAUCCGCAACUGAAAACCUUUUUGAAUUUGCAUAAUUUUACUUGUCGGUCAAGGUUUACGUUCUGUUGCUUUUUGCCGGUUUUGAACAAAAUGUAUUCUGCGACAGAUAUCUGAAAAAAAAAUUAAGGCAAGCUUUCGAAAACUACAGAGCAACUCUUAACAAAUGAACCCAGUCGAACUGAUGCGCUCUCUGCUUCUUGAGUCGAGAAUCGAAACGCUCAUCGCCAGAAUGUCUGGGCCGCGCGAGUCGAUUCUUUCUGCAACCAAAAUUUCAAUCACGAUUUCGUCAAGGGAAACAUCAGGCGGUUUUCAACAAUCCCCGUUAAUCAAGUCAAACAAUCUCCAGUAGCCCAAGCCAAGGCAAAAGGUUUCAUUAUUUAAAGCCUAUCGAUCGAAAUUCGAGUCACGAGUUUUAUUCGUGAACUGCUAGCGAAAAAAACAUAUUUAUAGUUUGUCACGCUUUUGUUUACGUUCUGCCGCUUUUCGCCCGGCUUUCAGCUGACUGUAUUGUGUGUGUGAGAACAAAUUGAGAAUUAACUUGAACGAAAAAAGUGUUCUAACGCAGACACUCGAAAAAUCACAGCGAGCGACAUUACAACUACAGCUGAAAUGGCCCGUACAAGAAGCCUGCGAUUCAACGCUCGCUCGCGAAAACAGUCAAAACACGCAUCACCAUAGUGUCUGGGCCACGUGCGGCCCCUUUCCAAAACAACAAUUGAGUUGAGUCUCUAAGCUAAAGAGAAGGUUCACGCUUUUCAAUUAUUCGAUUUCUCGUCGCCAGGAUCCUGUAAAAAAACUCGCUGGUAACCUGAAAGAUGGCCAGAGGUUUUACUCCCGAGGUUUUACUAUUUUAUCGGCGGACCUUUGACGAAUUUUGAGCCACAAGUUUCAUCAUAACUGUGUUGCCUAGCGCGUGACCAAAUUAUUCUUUACGAGUGCAAUUUGUAUCUUUCAAUGAUUUCUAUGCGAACUUUUAUUUUGCGUGUGAUCGUGAUUAACUAAGUUUUACGUUUUUUUUUUCCAGGGCGGGAAAAAGGCCAUAUUUAAGACGCCCAGAAUUUCACUGCUUAAAUAGCGACAAGUUAGUGCUACGGUGUUUGAUGAAUUUCGAGAAAAAUUUCGAAAAACAGUUUGGGAUACAGGUGAACGAGAAUUUCGAAAGUAUUCACAAAUUUAAGGUUGUAAAAUGAAAUCGCUUGACUCUUAGUUCGGUUUUCAGGAACAGAUCUUUGGAUGACGCUUGUUAUCGGGAAUACACAGACGCCGUGGAGAUGCUAAGGUGAAUGUGACAAAAAAGUCGGCUUUGUUUGGGCCUCUUGUUAUGCAAAAUGGUUUUAAAGUGUGAUCUACUAAUGAGCUUCGCUAAACGCGUUUGCGUUUGCGUGGACACGCAAACGCAAACGCGUUAAGUUCAAAACGCCAACGCGUUGGCUCUGCGUGGGGAACGCGUUGAGUGGUUCGCUUAUCUUCGAGCGGUACUGUACAGUAGUGUGUGAAGUUGACAUGAUAAAAUGCAAUAUCUGAAGCUUAUUCUGCAUUUAUCAAGAUUAUCAUUUAGAGGUCAAUGUUUGCGUAGUUACCAAGGCCUUGGUCCGUCUAGUACUCUAAGACUUUUGAAACCUCAAAGAGAAGCUCGAAAUAGCUGAAUACCUCUAGAAUAUGCAUAAUAAAACAAUUAUUUAAUUGAGUUUUUGAUAUCAUGCUCAACUUCAUUCCAUAAUUGCUUAUUACCCUAAUGUCAAGACCAUGGAUAGACCAUGGUUAAUCAUGGCUCUGCCAUGGUUGUUUACAGGACUUCCUGUUGUCCAAUUCUGUUUGUAAUAAUACUCUUGAAUAACAAAUCAGACAGCUGUUAUCAAUUAAUCAAAACUAUGACAAAAUUUGGGAAAGAAAGUAGACAUCGGUUAUACGUUUUCAAAAAAAAACAACAACAACAACAGAGGCAACAUGAAUAAGAAAUAACAACAAGUUUUCUUUACUCUGUAAUUUUGUUUAUUUCACCAACAACAUUCCUUGUGUAACAUACUCAGUACAGCAACUAUGGGCUAGUUUAAAAGCAUCAUGCUUCUAGACAAACUCUGUUAAAAAAACAAAACAAAAAGCUAUCUUUCUGAUUAUUUUUGUAACUAAACAGUGAAUAUGUCAGUCUCUAUUAAAUAAUUAGGACCACAUUGUGAUGAAUUCACUCUGUUAACUGAAAAUAAUAACUUAAAGAGAAUAAAACCAAAUAACAGGUUUGAAAAUAAGCAACUUGGUCUGAACAUUGACAGCUUAGAAAUCAUUCAUGUUUUGGUUUAUAUUAAAGCUCUCCUAGGUUAUCACAUCAAGAUAAAACCAACCAUUGAUUUGCGCUAUUGAUUUCUUUCCAUUUGGAUAUUAGUUUUUAAAAUGAGAGUAGUUUGUAUGUUUUUGCAAAAGCAGCUUGGAGAACUCAGUGUAUUUAAAUUUGAAUAUCUUUCUUGUUCAUAAUUGCCUUUUAAGUUAACAUGUAUAACUCAAGCAGCUGCUUAUGAACACAAAAAAUUAUGCAAAGAGAUUUAAGUUGAAAUGUUUCUCAUGAAAAUAAAUAACUAAAGUCUUUGCACAAAGACAUCAUUUACUCAAAGUGUUUAAAAGAACACUGAAGGGUGGAAUUGGCUUCCAAAGAUAAUGCACUAAGAGGAUUAAAUUACUACUGACAGUACCUUGGUUUAGUAGAUGUUAACUUAUAAACCUCAUUUUUGGCCAUUUUUGGUUCAAUGGUUAUUAUAAUUGCCAAGAAAGUUACUUCAAGUUACUCACCUUUAAUGACAGCUUGUUGUUUUUUUUUUGUUCUGACAGUUACAUUUCUAAGACAUGGAUUCCCAUAUUUCUAAAGAAAAACUGAGAAGUAAGAUUGAAACAACUUAUGGAAGAAAGAAAUUAGAUCUGUCAGGGUGGAAUUUGCUUGAGUUGCCGGAGGCUGCGCUGGAAUUAACUGAGUUGGAGAAAUUUAAUCUGUCAAGGAAUAAACUUAAAAAAAUACCUGAAAAUGUUGGAAAACUAAAUAAUAUUAUGGUACUUCUUGUAAGUGGAAACCAGCUGUCCAUAUUCCCUGCAAGUUUGACACAGCUGAAGAAACUUGAAUGGCUAGACAUCUCGCGUAACAAACUAACCACCAUCCCUGAUGCUAUCGGUGAGAUGGUGGGGCUGGAAGUACUGGGUCUGAGUUACAACCAGCUGACUGUGUUGAGUCCAGCAAUAAAACAGCUGAAGAAACUCAAAUGGCUGGACAUCUCACAUAACAAACUAACCACUAUUCCUGAUGCUAUUGGUGAGAUAGUGGGACUGUGGAGACUGGAUCUGAGUUGCAACCAGUUGACUGUGUUGAGUCCAGCUAUAACACAGCUGAAGAAACUCAUAGAGCUGAACAUCUCAUUUAACAAACUAACCACCAUCCCUGAUGCUAUUAGUGAGAUGGUGGAACUGGAGAGACUGAAUCUGCGUUGCAACCAGUUGACUGUGUCGAGUCCAGCUAUAAAACAGCUGAGGAAACUCAAAUGGCUGGACAUCUCACAUAACAAACUAUCCGCCAUCCCUGAUGCUAUUGGUGAGAUAGUAAGGCUGGAGGAACUGGAUCUGAGUUAUAACCAGCUGACUGUGUUAGGUCCAGCUAUAAAACAGCUGAAGAAACUACAAUUGUUGUUUGUGAAUGGGAAUCCUUUUACAGUUGAAGGAAUAAGAAGUGUUAUGGAGCUAGAAAAUAGAAGAAUGAUUGACCAAGUAUAUUCAGAUCUCCAAGGUGAGUAAAGGAAAUUUCUGGUCACACUAAUGUUUUGACACUUGUAUUUACUAAAUUUACUAAAUUAGUUCUAAUGAUUGACUUGCAAGUGGUUGUUCUGCUUGUUACUGAUUAUCACAAGUAGCUGGCAAUAGCUACACAAUAAAGCCUGAAGUAAAUACUGUCACAGUUACUGUAUGAUUUAACAAUGUUGGUGUCACUUAAGAAAUACACGACUUUUGAAUUGGAAGUUUUUGUUAUAUAUUGAAAAGCUUUAUUUUGACAAUUUGGCUGACACUUAAAUUUAAUUUCAUCAAUAUGGAAAUAUGAUUUGAUGUGGAAUCAAGAGGGUUGAUGUAAUUACAAAUUAUUCUAUGCAGUUAGGAAUUAUUGUUUUGUGUUUUACUUUCUAUUUGACUGGAAUAAUGAAAGGCUGAAGUGAAUCUUGACUCAUUCACUGUUAGGAAUUGUUGUUUUAUUUUUGCUUUCUAUUUGAUUAAUUGGAAGUGUUUAUAAAUUGAAUAACUUUUGGCUUAUCAAACAAAAUUUAUAAUCUAAUACAAUUUGUGAAUUAAGUUACAGGAAUAAAACUUAAAUGUGUUUUAGCGUGACAGAAUUCUGAUCAUUAUUUCCAUAUAAUUUAGACUGAUGAUUUUUUUGUGUAAUCUUUUUUAAACUUACAGUUGUUACAUAGUGGAAAUAUGCGCUCUUUCUCUCUCUCUUUUACAAACAAUUAAUUGGCUAUUGACUCCUCACUACUUGAAGAAUUGUUAUAAGUCAUUGCCUCUCUCUUGUGUAUACAUGCCAUCAUAAGUGGUUCUAAUUCUUAAUGUUAUGAAACAUUGACUCAGUUUAGUUUUGGUGUGCAUGUUCACCAAACUCAUCACUACAUUUCAUGCCAGAGGAUUAUUAUUUUGACUGGCUGUGUAACUUUUAUGUAAGAGUGGAUUAAACGACAUGUUUUCUAAACUCACUAAUGCAUGAACAUCAGAAAAAAAAAAAAAAUUUUGAUGGUUUAGUUUUUGUAUACCAGCCUUACUCCAAAAUUAUUCAUGUUAGGCAUUUGUAGUAGUUGAUUUGUCAACUUUUACCUUUUUUCUAAAAUUAUUUUUUACAAAUGAAUACACAACUUACUUUUCCUUUGUGUUGUGAAAACUUUUUCUGAUAAGACCAAAUAGCAGAUGGACAUAAAGCACAGCUGGCUUAUGAAAGGGCUUUGAAAGAUGGAUAUGUCACCGUUUACCGUGGUAGAAUAUUACUCAUCGGUCAGGAUAGAGCUGGUAAAACCAGUUUAAAGAAGAGUCUCCUAGGCCUUCCAUUUGACUCUAAAGAACAGAGUACUGAAGGCAUUGAAGUGGAUCCUUCAAAGUGUGAAAUUGAUGUUGACCAAGCUGUAAGGAACUGGCAGUCUAUUGGUGAGAAUAAACCAGGACUGCUGGAAUGUUCUAAAGAUGUGGCAAAGAUUGUGGUAGAGAAAAUAUUUGUACAAGACAAGUUUGCCAGAAAAAUGACUAUGCAGCUAAAACAUUUUGGAGAAGACGAUGCAGAUAAAAGUUCAAAAGAAGAUUUUGAAAAAGAUUCAGCCCGUGUUUCAUCAGCAGAUUUUGGAGAGGGAUCUUUUGAUGGUUACAAAUGUGGCAGGAAAAAGGUGCUGUAAGAGUUUCAAAAGUAUUCUUUACAAACAUGUUUAAGGCAGCUUUUUUAUGUGACAGUAUAGUUUAAAAUGCUUAAUGUCAAAUAAUGAUUAUUUCAACCUUAAAGUGAAACAAAAAUUGAAAUUGUUAAAUUCUGAAGUGAUUUUUUUUGUGUGUGCAAUGGUUCUAGCCAAAAAGCAGGGAAGUGUUUGUGGUCUAAACAAUAAUUUCCCUCAUCGCCUGAAGAAGACUAGCAGUAGGCAGUCAAAACGUUGCGAUCUACAUCACAUGUGACUACAUCGUGAGACAAAGGAAAAACUUAGCUUUUAUUGUUAUUCACCAUGAUGAAUAACCAGAACCUUUUCCAUGUACAUGUACUGUCAUUUUAUUUAAUUUACAUCAAACUUUGACAUAAUUAUUUCAGAUGUGGAAUGAGUUUGCUGGCUAAACUAAAUAACUGUGGUACUUAAAGUAGUUAAUUUCACCCUAUUUGAUACUUUACUCAGGUUGGGGAUAAAGGAGACUAUGCGUCAGUAGAUGCUAUGGACAACAUUAGCAUUGAACACUCGAUGGACUGCAUCUCAGAUGAGCCCAAGGUAAUUAUUGAUGUCGCUCAACCCCCUGAUACUGAAGAGCAUGUUCAUCAGUGGUUGAAGUAUCUCCAAGGCAAAGACAUAGAAAGUGGUUCAUUCAAAGAAGAAUCCUAUGUCAAAAUGGAUAUAUGGGACUUUGCAGGGCAGCACCUGUACUAUGCCAGCCAUCCUAUUUUCUUAUCACAACGAGCACUAUACAUACUGGUGCACAAUCUCAGCAAGCCUUUGGAUGCCACAGCUGAGCCUUGCAUGAGGCAAGGGAGUAAUGAUGUGAAGUUAGAAAACCCUAACAAUGAAACAAACAUGGAGAAUUUGCUGUCAUGGCUGGCUACAGUACACGGUGUUGCCCUGGCAACUGAUGACCCGGAGGAUGAUGCACAACAUAAGCUACCCUACCUUCGCCCCCCAGUGUUUAUUGUUGGAACACAUGCUGACAAACCAGUAGAAGACAUAGAAGUAAUAAAGAAACAAAUACAGGAGAGAAUUUCUGGUAUGGAAUAUGAGAAGCAUGUGGUCACAUGCUGACAAACCAGUAGAAGACAUAGAAGUAAUAAAGAAACAAAUACAGGAGAGAAUUUCUGGUAUGGAAUAUGAGAAGCAUGUGGUCAGACCUUUAUUCUGGAUUGACAACACUCAGGGACGAAACUUGAUUGACAACACUCAGGAACAAAACUUGAUAAAGAAAUUUAUCCAGAAGAUUCUAAAGCAAAGAGAGAAACAUAAAACAGGUAAGAUAUCUCAUGUCAUUUUGUAUCCUUAACAAUGUGUUACUUGUAGUAAUUGAUGGUUUUGUAAUUGGUUACUAGCUUGUCUUUGGGUCAAUUCCAACAACACUUAAUUUGCGGCCAUUUUCUUUUAAUCAAAGGCCCAUUUGGUAGAUGGUUGGCAAGCAUUAAGCAUGCAAUAAUUAUUAUCUGACUCACAUUUACAUGUCACCCAGCAGUUCUGCUGUGUGUCAUUAUAAUUUUAAAAGGUUUGUAGACAUGUAGAAUGUCUCAGUGGGAGUGGUAAGUGAAGGAUACCACCCUGGUUGAAUGAGUUCAGGGUACUAAUGGAGGCUGCACUCUUCUCAGCUUUCAGCUACUUUAUGUACCAGCAUCACUAUACUGGGGUCUAUAAAUUUUUGCUGACAGAUUCAUCAAUCUUAGAGUUUAAAAUAAGGAAGAUGAUUUUGGGAGUUGGAGAAUUAUCAUCUGAGCUAUGUUGUCAGCUAUAAGAUAUCUGUGAUCACACAUGUAUGCAUGACACAAACUAUUCUCAUUGUAAGGACAUGUUUCUGUGUUACAUUUUGCUUUGAAUUCAUUUUCUAAACAUAUCCAGCAGAGGAAGAAGGAAAAGCGGAUGGAAUAGACAAAUUGCAGAACAGAAUCCUGGAAGUGUUGAGGCAGGAGCCCUAUAUGGGGGAGAAAAUACCUGUCAGGUAAACCAAAAUAACUUUUUAUCUGGCAAACCUCAUUUCAUGGACUUUGGGAUCAAUGUUUCAUUCAAACAGUCAUGAAUAGUACUUUGAAGAGCAGUCAGUCUUUUGAGCAUAACUGUAUAUGCAUGUAAAUGUAUAUCAACACAAAAGUAUCUUACCUCCACUAGUUUGAAGUUCAUCAAAACUCUUAAAACAUCAGACUAUACAAAUACACUGCAGUCAUUUAAGUGCAAACAAACAAAACUCUAAUUCAUGACAUUGUGACAAUACUGUCUCUAAAAAGCUGUGAAUGUCUGAUGGAUAUUUGAGAAGGCACAGCUCUUUGAAUUGAGAUUGUUCAUGUGAAAAAACACAACCAUGUUUGAAUUUUCCUAAAGUUUGGAGAUAGCUAGAUAGAGAAAAUAGAUGAAUUAACACUGGAAGACUACAAAUAAGUACACGUCUAAAUGAAGUUAAUAUCCAAUUUUUAACCCCAAUACAUUUUAACUAUUCUGUUGCCUUCUAGAUGGUUUUUGUUUGAAAAGGUAAUUGAAGCUUUGCUGGGCAAACAGAUUUAUCACAGAAAUCUGCAACAACUUAAGCACUAUGCAAGGAGAGAUUGUUUCAUGGAAGAUGCAAAAGAGUUUGAGUCCAUGGUCAGUUUUUAUCAUGGUCUGGGGAUGAUAAUCAAGCACCGCAGUACAGUUGUACUGAAGGCUCAGUGGUUGAUUGAUCUUUUCAAACAGCUGAUAACCAUUCCACCUUUCAAUAAACAGGUAGGAAAAAAGAUUCAUUUUUGAAAGGCCUUAAUUGGAAAAUGUUCAAUAAUUUAGACCAACAGAAAAUGAGAAUGAGACUUCUUUUUACUCUUUAAUCUUUACAAUUGCGGACCCCAAGUUAUUUGAUGUACCUUUUUAGUUUUUCAGGUCAUAAAUUGGUUUGGCCUUUUUACUUUACAAGAGACUUGCAUUGACUUGCUACCGCCCAAAAUAAUUGCACUCAUACAAGUGAAUAGUUCUUUUCGCUUGCGCUAAUUGGCUUUUACUGUGCUGAGUAACAACUAAUAAUCACCUCUGAGCAGUCCAAAAUACAAAAUUUUUAGUUCUUGUACAUAAACGUGUAAAAAAUUCAAAAGGAAAAUUUAGUGGACCACUCUUAUCUGGAAUUUAUGUUAUUUAUAUAUCUUGUAGAUUCCCCUAUAUGCUGAGUACUGGAGGGAACUUGAAGGAAGUGGCAUCCUUAGUAUGGAACUUGUUGAUCAUGUGUUCUCCACCUUUAUUGAUCAAGGAAUCAUUAGAGAAGACAUCUUAGACAUGAUGGAGCAAUUUGGUUUGAUCGCUAAGUUCUCAGCUUCCCUAACUGAUGAGAAGUACUUUGUACCAGCUCAGUUGAAGUCAUCGCCUGAAGAACUCUGUAAGAUGGAACCAUCAUCAACUGAUCCAUGUCCAUUAUAUCUCCUCUUUGUCCAUGGCUUUGUCCCUCAUGGUCUCUUCUUGCAGCUUGUCUCGCGAUCCAUCCGUUGGUGUUCAAAGACAUGGGCCACGCAUCAACCUAGCCUGUACCAAAAUGGAGCAUGGUUCAUCGUUGGGAAAGAUAUUCAUGAUUUUGUUCUCAUAUGCAAAACAGGAUUCGUGAAGGUAAUCUUGAGACAAAGAGAAGCACAAAGUCAUCAGGUUGUGGGACAGAACUCCAUCAAACUAGCACCUCUUGUUCGUGAAUUUCUUGAAGACACCCUGAAGAAUUUGUCACAAGAAAUGGCAUACCUGAGGGGACUGCGGUAUAGACUGUGUGUUGCAUGUCCUUACUGUCAUGAAGGAGCAGAAGAAACACGUCGUGCAUGCUCAGACCACGUGAAAACCACUUGCACACACAAGGACUGCUUCCACCUCAUUGAUGCAAAUAAAGGUGAACCAGACAUCUGCAAGCGAAAACCUUGCAAUAAGGUGGAACCAGUGUGUGGAUUGCAGAACUGGUUCUUGAAAAGAAGAUUCCAGGUAUAAUUGAUUAUAAUGAUCUUUCAAGCAAAGAUUUCUAGCCUCAGUUUUAUCUUUGCUUUUUUCCUCUAACUUGAUGAGAAUAUCAAUUGGGCUGUGAUCAGUUUUGAGAAAGGGAGCUUGAUAGAUUGACUUCAGUUUUAAAUUUUAUACUUUUUGGAAUUUUAUGCUUUUUUUGUUUUUCCUUGGUAAAGUAUUAAUCAAUAAAAAUUUGUAUGCCCACAUCCAAAGUAUUUUUAUGUAAUUAUCAUAACCUUAUAUGACCUUUCUUUCUUCAGGGUUUGUUCUCUUCAAAUGAAGCUGCUAGAUCCCAUGAUGAAGCAAGUGAAAUCAACUCAAUGAAGUCUGCCACAGCAUUGAAGGUGACUCUCCUUUGCAAUGAGUGGAGUUCCUCAAUGGGGGGCUUGUCCACCAUCAACAGACAGCUUGCCAUUCUGUUGGCCAAGCACUCUGAAGUGGACGUUACCCUCCUUGUCCCACAGUUUGCUUGUUCUGAAGAAGAAAGGAGAAUGGCUCGAAUUCACAAUGUAUCCCUCAGAGAGGCACAAAAACGUCCAGGUUAUGCCGACUCCCUUGACUGGCUGAGUGCCCCACCGAGAGAUCUGGACAUUGACAUAGUGCUGGGUCAUGGAGCAAAGCUUGGUAAACAAGCUCAAUUCUUUAGAGAAUCGCACCAGUGCAAGUGGAUACAGGUAGUGCACACUGCGCCCGAAGAACUUGCAAUGCACAAAAACUAUCCCAAGGCUAUUUCUAAAGGUGAAGAGAAGAAUUUAACUGAAGUGACUUUGUGUAAGUUGGCAGAUGCUGUGCUAGCAGUCGGACCAAAGCUAACAGACGCUUUCUCCGCUCAGCUCCGCUCAUGCAAGAGUGAAAACGACAUCUUUCAACUGACUCCUGGAACUUUCCGUGAGUUCUCUGACGUAAAACAAGCCCCAAAGGAGAGUAACAAGUUUAAGGUACUGACGUUUGGCCGUGGUGACCCAGAGGACUUUAGCCUUAAAGGUUACGAUAUCUCUGCCAGAGCAAUAGUUGAACUAAAAGACAGGUCUUACUGUCUCAUCUUCGUGGGUGCACCUGACGGUAAACAGGAUGAGGUUGCAGCGAAUUUGCUGAAGAGUGGAAUUGAUAAAAACCAGCUGACCGUGAGGAAGUUUGUGCACAGCAAAGAGAGAUUGAAAGAAUUAUUUUGUGAAGUUGAUCUCUGCAUCAUGCCCUCUAGAACAGAGGGUUUUGGUUUAACAGCGUUAGAAGCGUUGUCUGCUGGUCUUCCUAUUCUUGUCAGUGGAAACUCAGGAUUUGGUGAAGCACUGUGCACUGUGCCAUCAGGCAAAUCAUUCGUGGUGGAGUCUGAGGACCCAGGGGAGUGGGCAAAGGCAAUUGCUGGUGUCCGACAGAAAGAGAGAUCAGAUCGACUUCAAGAUAUUCAGCAACUGAGGAGUUCAUAUGAAGAGAAGUUUAGCUGGGAGAAACAGUGUGACAGUCUUGUGGAGAAGAUGUGGGACAUAGUUCAUGGUGAGAAUGUUUUGAAUAUCCUUCAAAAAGUGAUUUAGGGGGCUACUCUGGUGUCGGUCUUUUAUUACCUGUGAUUUAAAGCAUAAACACCUAUAAAAAAGAUGUUAAACAUGAAUAGUAAUCAGUCAUUUUAUCAUAUUGUUGUUUUCUGUGAUAUUAAAACAAAGUUUCUUUCUAUCUUUUUAGCUUCUAAAAGACGAGACACAAGUUUUAGAGCUCGGCAAGGCACAUCAACUGAACAACUUACAGUUGAUUCAUUACUGACUCCAAGUGAGUAAAAGAAUUUAAUAACACAUGAUAAUUGACAUCCCCAAAGAAGUACAGACAGGUUACAAGGAGAUCCAGCAAUUUUCUCUCCUUAACUUUGGCUUCAUGCCAGCUAUGCUUUGUAAAAACUUAGCAAGGUACUUUUAACUUAUGAGACAUGUUUGUACUUAUACCCCUGCACUCUUCAGUCACAAACGUAAAACGUGUACAAACACAUUUUAUUUCCUUUUACUUCCUGAUCCGAACAGACGGCUAGGUGUUGAUAUAGUUGUCUUUCGAAGCAAUAAUGAAGUAAUCACAUAUUCAUACGGUAGAGGAAAUACAUCAGAAUAUUUUUGAAGCUCGUACUUUUAUUUCAGGAUUCCUUUCUCCAGUUACACCGAUAUGAGUGUGGACCUCGUCGUUAAUUUUUCUUCACUUCUUCUCUCUUGCUUAUUAGUGUAUUCAUUCACGGGCAGAAAUCGAACUUAAAAAGUAACGUAAUUGACGGCUACAGCUUCCUUUUUAAGGAUGAGUUGUUGGACAAAACAGAAGUCUGAUGAUUGAAGCUAUUUUCGUUUUGACCCUAAGGUUUCUUCUAUUAGAUUGAGAAUUGUUAUUUUCCAACAGACGAUUCGAUCCGCUUUUUUCAUGAAGUUAGAUUACUAAAAACCUUGUCUUUUCUAGGUUCUCUUGACCGAAUCAUCCAGGAACUUCAGCAGAUGCAACUCGAUGCAAGGAAAGUCAAGAGCAGAACAGAUCUCUCAUUGGGGCUAAGGAAUAUUGCAUCAGACAGGGGCUUCAGAAUAUCUGACAAUCAAGGAUUAGGAAAUUGCAUGUUCUACGCCUUGUCCGAACAACUGGAAAUUGUUAAGGGAAUCAAAAUCCCACAUGGCGAAUUAAGACAAAACCUGGUUCAGUACCUCAGGGGUAACCCAAAACUGGUAAGUUGAUGUUAGUAUGUCUAACAGAGUAUGUCACGUGAUGUUAUUUAAAGAGUAUGAUAAAGUUUUACCGAUAAUACAGGCUACUUGGCUAACACCAUUAGAACCUAUCCCAGUUUUCACAGCAUGAAGUCAACCAGAAAUAUUGUUACUCCUCCUGUAUGGAAUGAUGGUCUUUUUUUCAGGAGUUCUGAUACCAGCUCGCACUCUUGGUGGAAAGGGGAACUUGAAAUAUUUAACUUUAUUAUUCAAGAAGCCACACAAUGACGUUCGUUACAGUGAAAUUCAUAUGUGAUUUAAUGUGGUGUCUGAAGAAGCAGGCCAACCCGGUUUUAGUCAUUUGAAUAUUUAGUUCAAAAAAAAGUUGGCUUUAAACCGCCAUCAGAUAACAGAAUUACAGUCAAAGCGUUUUGAAACAUACACGGACGUUUUGAAAGACGUUUCAAUCACAAAAAUUUGUUACUAUGCAGUAAAUUGCUACUCGAAGGUUGUCUCGUACCAUUCUCAUAAAGUUACUACCUGACUUUUACUCCAUGCGCUCAAGUUUCUAUCAACAAUCCUUUUAAGUUUCCUCCUUUUAUUGAUUCUUCUUACAGCCGGAUGGAACAGAUCUGUUUGACUUUGUCCAUGGAUUUCAAACAUGGACUGAAUACCUAGUACACAUGGAACAAGAUGGUGCUUGGGGUGAUCACGUGAUUCUGUGUGCCGCAGCAAACUCCUUUGGAACGUGCAUUCGUGUGGUCAGCAGUCUAUCCCAUAGCAAUGAUGUAAUCAUUACGCCACAUUGUCCAGUUGACGAAAGCAAACCUCUUGUGCUGGGACAUAUUCAUGAGGUGCACUAUGUCAGCCUUCAACCCGUGCAAGGUACAGCUCAUCACAUU